AAAGGAUGACGACAUCUAUAGAAUUGAGUUGUUUUAUUAAAAAAAAAAAAGGAAAUUGUUGAGAUGAGUUACAGCAGGUUUCAGGAUUCUUUUUGUUUAGUAAAGUUGUCCUAACUAGUGCGCUUACGCCGCUGCUCAUCAAGCUCCUCCACUUAUCAGCUUCUUCAACCCCACCAAUUCUGUCUUGUCAAGGUCAAGAAUAAUUUACAGUGGAUUUCAGAACAAUUUUUCACCUGUGUUCUUUUGGGGGCCGUUUAACUCUCUCUUUUGGCACUCAACAAGUGCACUCCAAUUGUCCGCUGUUGUACCCAAAGUUUUCUUCUGUUCAAUUCAGUGUCUGAGGAGAAGAGAUUUUAAGCCAAAGAACUUAGAUAAUUACAGGGAGGUCAGAAAUUCAAUUCUGCUUUAUCACUGAGAUGAUUUUAGUAAGUUGAAGAGAGGAUUGUAGUCUCGGAACCCAAAAAUCCAAUUAAGAAUCAAUUUACUUUUGGAGGACGGUCCUGCUAAAGUUAAUUCUGAUUCGAAGUUACCUGUAGAAGUCUAGCCUAGUCAAAGAUGGUGGGCAUAGAUUAAUUGUGAAAUUGAAGUGAAGGCUAGAAGGAAGGAUCAUUUGGGUUCAAUGAACAAGAAAUGGGAGGCUAAACUUGCACCUCAUGAAGGAACAACCAUGGAUGCUCCACUUGUAUUUCCUUUUGCUCCUGCUCCUGUUCCCAUUUCCUAUCAGAAUGUGGAGCCAAUGUGGGGUAGAAGUCUCACGCAAAAUAAUCUACCUUCUCUCCAAAUCAGACAAACUGAUUGGCCAGAAUGGACAGAGCAGUUGGUUUGUGAUGAUUGGAGCGACCUGCUUGUUGGGAAUUCAGUUAUGAAUAUUCCGAAGCCUUCAACUACAGAGUCUUCUGCAUCACCCUGGCUGCAGUCACAUCAGCAAUCUCUGCCUUCUUCAAUGGGAACUCAUUUAAUUGCAAGUCGCACUCCACCUGGAGCUGGGGCUUCUAGUAAGCCACGCCUGAGAUGGACACCAGAGCUCCAUGAGAAGUUUGUGGAAGCCAUUAACAAACUUGGUGGUGCUGAGAGAGCAACUCCGAAAGGCAUUUUAAAGCUGAUGAAUGUAAAGGGUUUGGCAAUCUAUCAUGUGAAAAGCCAUUUGCAGUUGCAGAAGUAUCGGAUCGCAAAGUAUAUUUCAGAUUACACAAAUGGAAAUGUGGAGAAAGCGAGAAAUGCACAUGACAUCUCAUCGUUGGAGUUGAAAACUGGUAUGCAGAUUACAGAAGCUUUACAGUUACAGAUGGAGGUCCAAAAGCAGCUACAUGAACAGCUAGAGAUCCAAAGGAACCUACAGUUGCGGAUUGAAGAACAGGGUAAAUCCCUUAAGAAGAUGUUUGAGGAGCAAGAAAAAGCUGGUAAAUUAAUCAUGAAAAAUGGACCGUUUGUAGGCGGUUGCUUUGAUUCAUCUCCAGGGGGCUCCUCAAGAAAGUCUUUCGAGGAAGAACUUAAUGGAAGAUGUUCCGAGACAAAUUCAAACACAUUAGAGAAAGAUAAUAAAGAGUUCGGAAAAUUGUCUGUUUCCAAGAGAACUCUUGCAGGUGGAGAGCAGCUGAUGGUGGAGCUUGGAAGUUCAAUUUUUAUCGAAGGCUCUGACAAGGAACAUCAUGAGUGCACUCUGGAUUUGGAAUUUGGGCCUGCAUUACCACCUUCAAAACGGAUUCGAUCAGAUGGAGAUACGCAAAAUUUGGAUUUUCAAUGAGUAGCCCUUGUGGAUCACUAUAUGCAAAUAGCUUAACACCUGGUUGAUAUGCACAUAUGUACUUUAUUUACAGAUUUCUAGUCUCUCAGACAAGACUAAAAGUAUUGUGAGGCAGAAUCAUGAUGGUGGGUUCUGAUGAAGGCUACAUCCCAACAAUCCUAUUUAAUAUCAUGGAUAUCACUCUUGGAAGGAGAACUGUUUAUGAAAUCUGUUUGGUGCUUUAUCCACGGAUUACUUCCAAGUGAAUGUAAUAUUUUUGAAGUUUAGUGGUUUAUUCUAAUGGUUGGGCUUUUGUGAAUACAGGAAAUUUAACUUAAAUGGGUGAGGGCCAUUACUACCAUGGCUUAAGCAGACCAUCAAAGGCAGUUUACUUAUUUUUCAUUUCGCUAGUUUUUGGAAAUAUAGUUCAGCCUGUACAAACGAAUAAUUUCCCUAUUUUUUGAUCUAUGGGAAGUUUUUGGACUUAUUGAAUGAAAUUUGUACUUUGAUAUGUUGAUA